CGGUGCUGGAAAGCUGCAUAGCUACGCCGCGGCCGCAGCGACGGGCUGAGAGUCUGCGGGGGCGCGGACCCGGCUAGAGAAGAGGCUGGGGGGACAGCGGGGACCCGGCCUCGACUCUGAGCUUCGGCGGGGGUGCGCGAGUGUGGCGCCCUGAGAGAGCCGCUGGCCACUUCUGGGGCGCCCUGAGGGGCGAGCGGCCCGUGUGGCCCGAUCCCGGGGCGCUGCGACCCGGCCCCGAGCAUCUCGGGGGGGUCAAGACGCGUCUUUGAAGGCCGCCCGGGGCCCAGCGUUGCCGCCACCGAGCCCCGGGGCGCCCCCUGGAUGGCCGAGCUGUCCCCUUGCCGGCCGCCCGGGCGCUGCAGCGGCUGAGGUCGCUGGGAUCGCCCGGCAGCCGCCCACACCGCCGGCCCCUGCAUGCCCGGCGCCCGGGUCGCAGCCCACCUGGACGCUCUGGGCCCUCUGGUCUCCUACGUGCAGCCACCGCUGCUGCCCUCUAUGUUCUACGUGGGCCUGUUUUUCGUCAAUGUGCUGAUCCUCUACUACGCCUUUCUCAUGGAAUACAUCGUCCUCAACGUGGGCCUCGUCUUCCUGCCCGAGGACUUGGACCAGGCUCUGGUGGACCUCGGCGUACUCUCCGACCCCGGCUCUGGCCUCUACGAUGCAGACUCGGAGCUCGACGUCUUUGAUGGAUAUUUGGAGUAAGGUCUUGACUACUGUGCCCCACUUGCCUUCCACCAUCCGCAACUCUUGGCCUGGACCAAUCGUCCAUAUCAUGCCACUGCCACUAGUUGGGGGCACCAUCUGGACCGGGAUGGGACCCCAGGAAGAGGCCCAUAAUGGAAUGGAAAUGCUUUGCAGUUGAAAAGCUACGUUGAAGCCUGGUGGUGGAACAUCCUGCAAUCCUGGGUACUUGGCAGGGUUGAGGUGGCUCCAAGGCCUGGCUGCACAGCUGGGGAACCCAUUUGCUUCCUAAGCACUCUCGGUGCCCACCCAGACCAGACCUAGGCGAAAUGGACCCUAGUCCACUGGAGUUCCACAUCCAAAUUUCUCAAGAAGGAUCCUUCUAACUGAGGGAAGACCCAGAAAAGCAAAAAAGAGGUGGCACAUCUUCUCCAGGCCCUCAACAUACCAGAUGUCUGAGCAGCUCCCUCCAGACAUGGAGAAGGAAAGCCCUGUGGAACCUUCAAAGGCCAGAGGUCACCCUGUGUAGUGUGAUGGUCCCAUGGAAGCCUCCAGUCAAAGAAAGCUCAUUAUGUCUGGUGGGGGGCAUCAGAGAAGGGCCUCUCCUCUCCCAGUCUGGAUCAUCACGCCACACUAAACCUGCUUCCAUUCACACCCAGGUCUCCUCAGAAUUACCCAGGAGACAAGCUUGUAACCAUGCCUAUGAGGGAGUUUCUACAUUGCAUUGACCGAGGUGGGAAGAACCAUCCUAAAUGUGGGAAACACCACUCCAUGGGCAAGGAGUCCAGAACUGCGCCAAAAGGAGAGUUUGAGCAGCACACGGGCGUGCACCUCUCUCUGCUCCCUUACUGCAGCUGCCUCGCUCUCCUGCCACGCCUGCCUUACACAAUGGACUGUUCCCUCAAACUGGGAGCCCAAACCAAGGCUUCCUGAAGCUGUUCCUACAGAGUAGUUCACUGCAGUGAGACUGACGCAGAGCCCUUCCCCACGCCUGCAGCACAUCCCACACAUGCCAGACUCUUCCCUCACCUAGGAACUCCCAGAUAUCCUGAGUUCCUGGGGUUGGAUGACAAGCUUCACGCAUAUCACCCCUCAGGUUUCACUCACAUCUUAACUAAUCAUGUUCCUGUCUCUCAGAUGAAGAACCAGAUUAGUGUAAUGGGUGGCAGGCCACAUCCUGUCCUGCCACCAAGGGAGGUGAUGUCACUUGAGAAGAGAACACAUGGGUGACAAAACAAUUUCCUCUUCUGAAGAAAUGUCUGGGCACACCAGAGUGGGAGCUGCCUUUUGGUGAAUGGGCCUUUGGCAAACUGCCCUUCCCUGAGGUUUCCACACCCACCUGAGAGGACACACCGGUGCUUUCCACCAAAAGCCCUUUGGGGACAUUUCCAUCCCCCACAGUGGAGGGUUUGGGUUUUGUGGGUUGUUGUUGUUUUAUGUAAGGGUUAAUGAUCAUUCUGUGAGAUGAAGUGUUCAGUGAAUUGAAGAUUUAAAGGUUCCCAAAGUAUCCAUAAAAUGACAGCAUAAAAGUCAAAGUAUAGGCAGCUCCAAGUGUGGCGGCAGCUGCUGCUGUGGUCCAGUUAUGAAGAUCAUGAUAUUUUUAUGUGCACAUGUCUGUGCAUGUGAGGGAAGUGCCCAUGGAGGU